CGUCGCAAGGCAAGUCCCCCCGCCCCCCGCCGCCCCCCACGUGCCGCUGGCUGAAACGGCCCCGAUGUUUGGAUGUAAAGGACGGGGGUCUGGCUGCAGUGGGUGCUGUUGGCUGGAGAGCCCGCUGAGUGAACCUGUGAGGGGGGGGAGAGAGGGAGAGAGAACUGUGCGCUCUGAUCGCGCGCACACACGCACACUCACACCCAUCGGGGUCUCUCGACUUUCAGACGGCGGACUGGUUUGCGCUCCCGCGCCUCCUGUACGUCGCGCAGGACCGGUGUGAGGGACGCACAGCAGACAUUUGCUCCCCGUGCACCUCGAUCGGGCGCGCGUCUCGCAACCCCCCCCUCGUGUUAGUGCGUCCUCCGCGGCUUUCUCCCCCGGUCGUUUUGGAUUACGAGAGAAAAAACAAGCAGCGUGGGCGUCUAACUCGAGAAAAUCAUGGAUUUUUGGAUAAAGUUGCUGUUGUUGUGCAGCUGCUGCUUUGGCGCAAGUGGGGACUUUGAUGGCAGGUGGCCGCGGCAGAUGGCCUCGUCCAACGGCCUGUGCCGAUACGGGGCCAGGGUGGACUGCUGCUGGGGAUGGACACGCCGCUCCUGGGGUCACUGCCAGCCUCUCUUCGCCUUAACUCACAGAGUAGCCGGGAUAAGGUGCCAGCCCCAAGCGGUGUGCCAGCCGGGCUGCAAGCACGGAGACUGCGUGGGACCCAACAAGUGCAAGUGCCACCCUGGCUUCACCGGCAAGACCUGCAAUCAAGACCUGAAUGAGUGCGGGCUGAAGCCGAGGCCGUGUAAACACAGGUGCAUGAACACAUACGGGAGUUACAAGUGCUACUGCCUUAACGGCUACAUGCUGAUGCCCGACGGGACCUGUGGAAAUGCUCGCACUUGUGGCCUGGCCAACUGCCAGUACGGCUGCGAGGUGCUGAAAGGAGAGGUCCGAUGUCAGUGUCCGUCGCCGGGGUUACAGCUCGCUCCGGAUGGAAGAACCUGUGUCGAUGUGGAUGAGUGUGCAGCAGGCAUAGCAGUGUGUCCUCGGUUCAGGAAAUGCAUAAACACUUUUGGUAGCUACAUCUGCAAGUGCCAUGAAGGCUUCGACCUGCAAUACGUCAAUGGGAAAUACCAAUGCACAGACGUGGAUGAGUGUUCUCUAGGUCAGAGCCACUGCAGCAACUUUGCCUCCUGCUACAACACGCCUGGUUCAUACAAGUGCAAAUGCAAAGACGGCUACAGGGGGAUGGGCCACAAUUGCAAACCCAUUCCUAAGGUGGUUAUUGAGCCUCCGAGACCAGACAAAGUGUCUCCAAAUCAUCACAACAGCAUCCCGGACGUGGAUCAGAAACGAACCACCACCACUCUCCGCACGCCAGUGACUCCCAAGAGAAUCUUCACGAUUUUCCCCAAAUCAACAACCGCGACAACCACCGCAUCGUCAACAAAAGCACCGCUGCCUCCGAAGAGGGUCACCCCGCCCCCACGCAAGACAGCAGUUCCCACCCAAAAGCCCCACGUCCCAACCAGGAAGCCUGCAGCACCUACGCAGAAGCCCCACAUCCCACCGAGGCCAGCGGCGCCCACGCGGCGCCCGCCCACGCCGCCGCCACCACCACCGGUCACACCCGUAGACAACACCAUCCAGAAGGAGGUUACCAAACAGAGAGGAGAUGUCCACAUCCCUCGGAACCACGGCAACAACGCCGUCCUCGGGGUGGACUUUGACAUCGAGCUCGGGAACACGGCAGACGAAGCCAAGGACGACCCAGAUUCGGGGUAUCUGAGCUGCUCCUUCGAUGAUGGUCUUUGCGGUUGGAUCAGGGACAGAGAUGGAGACCUGCAUUGGGAGACGACGCCUGACCCGUCAGGGGGAAGGUACCUCACCAUUCCCGAGACGGGCAACAAAAGGACCGGGCGAGGGGCACGGCUGGUGCUCCCCCUCAACCCGCCCUGGAACGAUGGAAAUCUGUGCCUGUCGUUCCGGCACAAGAUGGCGGGCCACCACGUGGGAAUGCUGCAGGUGUUUGUGAAGAAGGGAAAGCAGUACAGUCCCGCCGUCUGGGGCCGCACAGGUGGAAAUGGCUGGAGGCACACCCAAAUCACACUAUGGGGCACCGGCCUGGAGAGUGUGAUCCUCAAGGGGGAACGUGGGCGAGGCAGGAUCGGGGAGAUGGCUGUGGACGACAUAACCCUGAGGAAAGGCUCCUGCACAGAAGAGCACAAUCUCAGAAGACUCUGACAGAACAGAGAAAGGCCGAAAGAAAACCAGAGGGGAACUCAUCUUUAAGAGAACUGACUCUAUUGUGACCUCCCCUCAAUCUGUCUGGCCUCUCGCUGACCCCCCCCCCCCCCCGCACCCUCACCCCUCCCACACACCCGCCGUCACCCCUUUCAGCCAUUCUGUGAAUGAUAUCCAACAGGUUGUGUGUCUACAGAACAGCGAGUUAUAAAAAACAACGUUAUAUGUCUACCUUUUCAUCUAAAAAAACCCACCUAACUCCAUAACCUUGUUACCAUAAAACCUGCAUGAUCCAACUUUCCAUGGAAUUGUCCUCCACCUAACCCCCCCCGGCCCUGGCAGCCCCCCCCAGCCACGUCGCUGAGGGGCCCACGGCCACUCCCGACUCCCCCUGGUGAGAGGAUCGUUCUCUCACUCUCUGCCUCGCUUUGAUCCUCCAGCCACAAGCUUUGGCUUUUGAUUUGCUGGUAUACAUUUCUUUGAGAUUAGGAGGAUUUUUCAAAGCGUGGAAAAGACCAAUUGUUAAUGGCAGCCUUUAUUUCUAGACCCAAAGUAAAACCUCCACCAGAGAGUCCAUAGAGCCCUGCCCUGUUUGUCUUGCAGCUGUUUUACAGCACAGCUUUGAAAUGAAAGAAGUUAUUUGUCACAGUAUUUAAAAGAUCUGAGGGGUUUCAAAUAUAGCACCUUUUCUACCGCGAUCUUCUGUUUAAGCCUCCUAAAGUUAUUUGAGCUCUCUAUGGCCUUUGUUUCAAACAGAAUCUGUGUGUGAUUUCUGACACUCGCAAAUCAACACUUAGUUUCUAUUCAACAGUAUGUGCUUUGUUAUAUUAAGUGCAGUUUGUUAUAAAAUGAAUACCAAUCCAUUUUUAGGCUUUCAAAAAAUGUAUUAUUGUAAAUGUAGUUGUGUGUACAUACUCUGAUUUGUUGUGUGGUUUAUACGUUAUGUGAAUUCAUACAGUGAUAUUAAUUGGAUUUCAAAUUGGUAUAUCAACUUUUACUGAAAGAAUACGCAUCCAGAUUGAAACCUUAAAUUGUGCGAGGCUGUGUAUCUCAAUCUCAAUGUGUUAUGGUGAAAUGCUCUGUCUGGAAUUCUAAGGUUUUCUGUAUGCGUGGGUGCAUCCACCAAAUUUAGAUGUAUCCAUACCAGUAUGUAAAUAAAAUAAUUUGACUGAUA